AUGGCUGAUCCUAUGGGUGCUACGUGCACUGAGCUAAGUAAAUUAAUUUUAGCGGGUUUAGACAAAAAUGGUAAUUUUAACCCAGUAUUUCAAAUUAUUGAUCAUCUUGUUGAAAAUGUUCCAAGAAUAUCAGUUGAACCAGCUGCUUAUAUCUUACGAUAUAUUUUUUCUCCAUUUGGUACACGUUGUUUACUACAUGGUUCACAAGUAUUGGCACUUAAAAUGAUUAAAUUUAUGCAUUGGUGGUUAAUGGUAAAACCACUUGAAAAAGCACCAUCAAAACCGUUACUUGAACUGGUUCGUGAACGUCAAAUUAAAGUUAUCAUACAAGGUACCGAUGGAAAACAAGUUUAUAGUCGAAAAGAUGAUAUCAAUAAACCACCAAGUCUUAAAGAUUAUAUUCGAUUAUUUAAAUUUCAUAGUUGCACCGGUAGAGAAAUAAAUGCUUUAAUAAAUCUCUUAAUCGAAUGUGUCAACUUUUCGGAGCCAAAUAGUCUCGAUAUGAAACCAUAUUUAUGCGAAAAAGAUUACUUUGGACCAUUAUGGAAACUCUAUUUUGAUCCGUUAACAAUUGAAUCAGUUAAUUGUACAGAUCAAAAGGCGGCAAAGGAUGCUAUCGGUCGAAAAUCAUUUUCAUGUUCAAAACCAAUAUCAAUUACUUGGACCGAUCAUCGACAAGAUUUAUAUCGUGAUGGUAAUGUAAAUCCACGCCAAAGAGUUGAUCCACUUGUACACAUAGCGUUACAAGCUUGUGCAACCAAAGAACAACUUUUGGAAUUAUUAUCAUUGAUCCAAUUGAAUAUGGCUGAUGCAACUUAUGUGUAUAAAGCAUGGUUAAAAUUAUACACAGAGAUAAAAAAAUUACCUUUUUUUGACAGUAAAAUCAACGAUGUUAUGUUCAAUCAUUUGAAAGAUAUCGAUGCAUCACAACCGAAAUUAUUAAUGGAUUUUAUUUACGAUAUAUUUGAUCUAUGGAUAGAUUUAUCUGAAGAUAUUGCUGAAUCCGUAUCUGGACAUAUUGUUGAAAUUGUUAGAAAGAUUCUAGCAAACAAUACACGAUCCAGUGAAGAUCUAGCAUUAUUGGAGCAGUUAUUUGAUAAAAUAUGUAUGAAUACACCAUCACACAAUCCUAAAGGUCAUAUCAAUUUUUAUCUAUUAUUGAAAGAUAUCAUACCAUCCUAUUAUAAAUCCAAUAUCAUAUCAAGUUUGAAGAAAAUGCAAUUACAAACAGUCUUAUGGUACGCCGAUUGGAUUGAUUCCGAACCAUCAACCAUGCCAUUACACAAAUUGGCAUUAACAACAAUUUUACAGUACGUUAGUAUGUUUACAGAACACAAUUUAAUUCAAUAUAUGAUAGAACGGUGUGUACAACAUCGAGAAGGAGAUGAUCGAACUCAAGAAUAUUGGUUACAAUUAAUAAAACAAUCCAUAUGUCCAACAACUACACUCAAUACAUAUUUACGUCAUUUAACAAAUGAUAAUGUUCAACAAUUAUUGUUAUGUAUGAAAAUGAAUGAUAAUAUUAUUUUCGAUCAUAUUCAGGCGAUAUUAAUUUUGAAUGAAUCAAUAUUGAAAGAUACACAAGUACAAAAAUAUCUUAUUCUAUCCGAUUUCUACUUGAUUAUACAGAAUUGGGUAUUAUCAUUAGAAACCAUCGACAAUCCAACGAAUACCAAUGUCAUCCAACGAUUAAUACAAAUGUUAUUAGAAAUUGGCUAUUCGAAAUAUUCUGAAUACAAUCAAAAUAUCGCCAGUUUUUUUCUGAAUAAUGAUUUCAUCACAAAAUUAUUCACAUGUGAUUUUGGAUCGAAUAGUCCAUUUGCACAAAUUCUUAUAUUUUUAUCUAGCAUAUCACCUGAUACUUCGACGACAACGGAUGCAACGUUCGAUAGCAGACCCUUAGCUGUUGAACUAUUCAAAAAGUUAGAUGAGCAUGCAUCAGUGGAUAAUGACAUGGAAUGGUCACCUUCGGCAUUGUCGUCACUGCGAAGUUGUAUAUCGCAUCUAACUAGUAUCUCAAAACAAAUCACUAAAUCACCAGAACAACAUCAAACACUUGUGAAAUUAUUAACAUCAUUUACACCGGAUAUUAUGGGCAUCAUCGGACGUUCAGGUGAUUUGAAAGUAGUAGGUAUUCGUCUGUUAUCCGAAAUACUUGAUUUAACACAAGGUGAACGAGAAGUACUAGCUCUCAAUACACAACGUACAUCGGAUGAUAUGUCAAAUCAAUUGAUAAUACCACAAACAAGUAAUAAAUCACAACAGCAGCAACAACAAACAUUUUUUUCCAGUGAAAUUGAAAAUAAAACUGAAUUGAUACAAGUGAAAAAUGAUGAUUUUAUUAAAGCCGAUGAAUUUUUAACCAAAAUGAAAAAUGCGGAUGUCAAUGGAGCAGAUAAACUUUUACGAACAUAUCUACCUUCAAUGAUAAAUUCUUCAAAUCAAUCCUCAACAACAGGGGUGAAUCCAAAUCGACUUGUUCCAACACCGACAGCUGAAGAAAACGUCAAAAAAGUAUUGGAAGCUUUGCAUGAUCCAAUCCCAAUUCUAUUGGAGGGAAGUACUGGCGUGGGAAAAAGUGCUAGUAUUAUUGAAGCUGCCUAUCAAGUUCAACGACAAUUGGUACGCUUCAAUAUGUCAUCACGUGUAACCAUCGACGAUCUUCUUGGGAAAGUAACAUUAGUGUACGAUGCAACUAUUCAUAAAACCAUAUUUAAAUUUAUUGAUGGUCCAUUUACUAUUGCUUUUUCUCAAGGUUAUUGGAUGUUAUUGGAUGAAUUAAAUUUAGCUCAAGAUACUGUUCUACAAGCAAUCGAAUCAGCACUUGAUACAAAACAAUUAACAAUCAGAAAUACAAGUUCAUCAACGGAACCUAUUAUCACACAUCGAAUGCAUAAAAAUUUUCGUUUAUUUGCAACACAAAAUCCUAAUUCAGGAUUUUUUAAAGGCAAGCGUGAAAAAUUAUCAUCAUCAUUCUUAAGUCGAUUUCGUCCAUUGAUAUUUAAAGAAUUACCAAAACAAGAAUGGAUUGAAAUUGUUAAGAAUAAAUUACUUUCCUAUUUUCCCUAUCAAGCCGAAGGACUAUCCCAACUGAUGGUAUCACGAUUCAAUGAAUGUGUUAAAGAAGAACUAAAACGAACUGAUCCAAAAUUCGAAGAAAUUGGUCCUUAUGCUGAAAUAACUAUUCGUGAAUUAUUGAAAUGGAUUCGAUUAGUUAUAUGGCAAAAACAACAUAAUCAAUGGCCGGAUGAAAAUCUACAACAACUGCCUGUUCUAAGUUUUAGUGCGUGGUGUGUUUAUGGUGCCCGAUAUCGAAAAGCCGGUCGACAGACAAUUAAAAAGAUUUUAAGUGAUCGGAACAAAUGCGAUUGGCCAGAACCAGCUCUUGAUAGAGUAAAAAUAAGAAUCGAUCAAAAAGAAAAUCAAAUCUGUUUUGAUAGUAUACGUUGCACAAUAACCAUCAAUGAAGAAUCAAUGAACAUUCCCAAUGAAUGGAAUCGCACAUUUAAAUUAGCUAGUCUAGAUGAUAUCGAAUAUGAUCCCAAUGUAUGGAAACGAGCAUUAGCAGUUCAUAUUGCUAUCCAUAAACAAUUACUGACUACUGAAUUUAUUGAACAACAUGGUAUUUAUCGUAUACAACGAGUAUGGAUAUGGGAAUGGUUAAUAGCAGCAGCUAAACUGAAAAAAUUAACAGAACGUACAAAAUUAGCAGAACUUGGUUGUACAAUGUAUCAAUGUCGUUUUCGUCAUAAAAAAGCACAACAAAUGGUCGAAAAAUGUUUCAGUGAUAUAUUUCAAACAUCAUCAUUCAGUUCAGAACCAAAACAACGUUUAUGUCGAGCUGAAUUACCCUAUGUUCUUUCUGAUCGUGUAUUGAGUACAUUAAAGCAAGUUUGUUUCAAUAUGUAUAUCAAACAACCAAUACUUGUUACUGGCGAUGAAGCAUGUGGAAAAUCAGAUUUACUUUUAACUCUCUCUUGGUUUCAUUCCAAACAUGUUCAUCAAUUAAAUAUUACACCGGAAACAGAACCAUCCGCAUUGAUUGGCCAAUUGAUACCCAAUGAAAUUACCGAUCCUGACGAUCCAAAAUAUGGAGAGAAAUUGAUUUGGCAAAAUGGUUGUGUCGCAGAAGCUUAUACAAGUGGUGAUUGGGUUUUAUUAGAUAAUUUAGCCACUGCGGAAUCAUCAGUUUUAGAACGACUGAAUCCUGUUCUCGAACAAGAACCAAUGUUAAUAUUGACAGAAAAAGGUGAAGUUAAUGAAGAAGUAUUGCAUGAUGAAUAUCAAUUAUUAGCAACGAUGACACCACCGAAUCCACAGCAAUCAGCCAAUUUAAGUGGUGGAUCAAGUGAACUAUCACCAGCACUUUACAAUCGUUUUGGUGUUAUACAUAUGGAAAAUCUUUCAUUAGAAAAAGGUUAUGAACAAGAAAUUUUACAAUUAUCAAAAGCAAUCCUAUCAGAUGGUAGUGACGUUGAUCAUCAACUUUUUCUAAAAAUUUGGCAAGCAAUUCUUUUGGUUUAUGCGAACAAUAAAGAACAUUUUCCAAAGCUGACAAUGAGAAAUAUCGUCCGAUUAUUGGAUAGUACAUUUUUAUUACAACAAAAGACUGAACUGAAUUUUCGAUCAGGUUUAUGGACUGCCUAUCAUGUAACAAUUGCCAAUCAAAUAAAAGAUAAAACAAUUGAAAAAAAAUUAUCAACCACAAUUCAACAAUUAUUAUCGAAAGACACAAACAUGAAUUUAGAUCAACCACAUUUUACAGAUAUUUGGAUUGAGAAAAAUAAUGAAUAUAUCCUAACAAAUUCAAGAACAGAAUACGCAAAUGCUGUACUUGGCUCGAUUGCUUGUGGUAUUCCAUUACUAUUAGAAGGACCAGCUGCAGUAGGUAAAACUGCAUUGAUCUCUUAUCUUUGUAAACAUUUAAAAGGACAAAGUGAAAAUUUUAAAUUAGAACGUGUGAAUAAUACAGAUACUACAACUAUACAAGACUAUCUUGGAACAUUUUUACCUGUUAAUGAUGGAUUUAUAUUUCAACCAGGUGCAUUGUAUCGUGCUAUGACCAAUGGUUGGUGGUUUUUGGCUGAUGAAUUUAACUUAGCCGAUCCGAGUGUUAUGAAUAUGUUAUUUCCAUUAUUAGAAGGUAAAAAUUCAAUAACAGUACCAAGUAGUGGAAAAAUCAUUACAGCCAAACCUGGUUUUCACUUUUUUGCAACACAAAAUGAUGCAUCAUAUGCCAAUCGACAUCAACUACCCAUAUCUUUACGAAAUCGUUUUCUCGAAGUACAGUUUCAAGAUUUUCCAGUUGAUGAACUUCCUAAUAUUAUUUGGCAACGUACGGAACCUGAUAAACAAAAACCGAAGUGUUUAAAACAAUCAACAACAACCGAUUUAGCUAAGUUCUAUCAUCGUGUUAUCAAUGAACCAUAUCGUAUUACAUUUCGUGAACUAAUCAAAUGGCUUCAUAGACAUGCACUCUUCUCAUCGAAUAAAGACUUAUGGUCUAUUGUUGGUUCAUCUUUAUUAUGCUCGAAAUUUGCAGCCGAAUCCGAAACACGAACGAAAUUAAUUAAAGAUUUUCAAUUGAUCUGGCCUCAACAUGGUGCUUUAUCAGCUAAAGAUAAUUAUCCAAUAGAAAUCAAACAAUUACAUCGAAAUCUACAGGAUAGUUGUUAUGAAGAAAAUAAAAAUAUCGUCAGUUUCAAAGAAGGCGAGCUGAUGAUGGAUGUGAAACGAAUCAAUUUAGAUUUAAGUUUUCUUUGGAAUUCAGAAAUGCAUCUUACACCUCCCGAAUCCUUUCAACGUUCAUUGAUUCGAAUUGCAUUUGCUGUACAAGCAAAAGAACCCAUUCUAUUGGUAGGUCCAACAUCAUGUAAAACAUUAUUAGUAGAAACAUGGGCAAGAAUUAGUAAUCGACAACAUGAUUUGAUCAAAGUACAUUUAACACCGGAUACCGAAGCCGGUGAACUUAUCGGUGAAAUUCAUCCAUAUUCAUUUAUGGAUUUAGUUAAACGAUUACCAUUGAUGGCUGAACAUAUUCGUGUAAGAAUUGUAACUCUCUGUCGAACGCAUGAUAAUGGGGAUCUAUCGGAAGAUAAUGCUAUGGCUUUGAAAUCAAUACAAGAAUUGAUUAAAGAAAAAUUGCCAAAGGCAAUUGAAGAGUUUGAAUUAUUGUAUACUAAAAAUGAAAAACGACGACAACAAAAUGAAGAAUUUACUAAUAAUUUAGCAGAUCUACAAUCUAUUAUGUUUCCAAAUAUACCAGAAUUAAACAAUUAUGAACUGCAACAAGACACUGAAUCAACAAAUAUUAAUUCGAACACAAAUACAUCAACAUUGAAUAAUUAUUAUAAUGAAGAUAUAGAUAUAGGAUAUGACGAUAGUUAUCUAUCAACUGAUUACACUCAUAUCUAUAAUGAUACACAAUCGUACGUAACUGAAGAUCUUGAUGAUGGAUUUUCUUUUGAAUCAUCAAUGACAACGAUGACCGAACAGCAAUUUACUCUUCUUGAUGAUGGGUUUGGCGAUGACAUGGUACAACAGAAGACUACAGUAGAUACUGUAACAGAAGAUAAUAUCAUAACAGAACUCGAUGAUGGAUUUGAUGUUGUCAGCUAUCUAAACCCUACAACUGAUAGCACAAUUCUUCCUGCUCCUGAUACAACAUCCGAUGAUCAGAUUGAUGAUGGUUUCACCUAUAAUCCCGGAUCCAUGUUUGUUGAUGAUAUUUCAACCUUCACAACUACUCCAGAACAAAAUCUUAUUGAUAAUACUGAAUUUCCUGAAAGUCUUCACGAUUGCAUGGCUGAAUUACUUGAUACAAUUCAACGUUUGUUUCGUUUAAAAAAUUUUUCUAUAUUUUCAUCCGAUACAACCUAUCAAGAUUAUUUCAAUAAAUUUGAAUCCAUAUGGAAUAAAUUAAAAGAUCCAGGAUUUGAUCGAACAAAACCAAUAUUCUUAUUUCAAGAUGGUCCAGUCACUGUCGCGACAAAACAAGGUUCAAUUUUAUUUUUAGAAGAUCUCGAUUUGCCAAGUCAAGCUGUAAUUGAAAGAUUGAAUUCCAUGUUAGAACCAACACCAACAUUUGCCCUCACAGAAGAUAUUACAACAAGUAAUUCUACUGGAGACGGAAAUAGAGGGCAACUAGAUGUACAAUUGUCAUCAAAUUUUCAAGUCUUUGCAAGUGUACAUCAAGAUCAUGAAUAUCAAUUAUUAAAAUUGAGUCCGGCUACACGUUCACGAUUUACCGAAAUAAAAAUACCAAAAUAUACUCUAGAAGAUUUAAAAUUGAUAGUUGAAUCUGAAUUAAAACGAAAAUUAUCAUCAAUAAGUCAUCAAACUAUUGAUUCAUUAGUUAAAACCAUGUUUUCAAUACGUGAAACAUUAAGAAACGAAAAAGAAUGGAAAAUUGAUAACGAUAUACGAUUAUUAUUUCGUUGGAUUGACUUCAUAUGUAAUCAACAUUAUUCAAUGCCAUUAGAAAAACGCCUCAUUUUAGGUGCCAAAUUUUACUAUUUUGAUCAGUUACCUGUCAUUGAACAAAAUCUCAUAUAUGAAAAAUGGUAUCAAAAACCACCAUCAUCCAUCUCAAUAACGAAUCCACAACAAUAUUCUAAAAUUUUUAAUAAACCAGAAAAAGAUGAUGCGUUUCCAUUGCCAUUUGAUGUUGGAUCUGAUUAUAUUAGUUUGAAGUAUACUGGUGUGCGUUAUCAAAUGUCAAAAGAUGAGAGUUGUACAGAGGAACAUGUACGUAAACAAUUUUUCUGUGUACCUACACCAACAUUAUUAAAUCAAAUGGCUCGAAUAUUUGCAGCAACAUCAUCAAAAACUCCAUUGUUACUUGAAGGACCACCCGGGAUAGGUAAAACACAGGUUGUGACACAAGUAUGUCAGUUACUGAAUAAACAAUGCGAACGUAUUAAUUUGUCCGCAAAUACAUCAUUAGAUCAACUCAUUGGAUGUAUUAUUCCAAGAUGUAACGAGAAUGGACGACGAAUAUUCGAAUGGCAAGAUGGAAAAAUAUUAAGUGCAUUGAAAAAACGCAAAUGGAUUCUUUUAGAUGAAUUGAAUUUAGCUGCACCAGAAGUAUUAGAAGGUUUAACACCACUACUCUAUCGUGAUACUCAUACCUAUACAGUACCUAGCACCGGUGAAACGAUCGAUACUACGAAUAUCUUGAUUUUUGCAACAAUGAAUCCAACAACAAUCGGUGGUGGACGUAGUAAAUUACCACGAUCAAUUAGUAAUUUAUUUACCACUGUACAACUAGACGAUUAUGAUAAUGAUGAAUUAGGUGCUAUAUUGCAAUCUCUAUUUGAUUACGAUGUGGAACAAGAAAAAACUAUUACACGAGAUCAUCUUAAAACUCUAUUUGAACUUCAUACAUCAUUGAAACAAGAAGUUAAUCAAGGACUCUUGGGACGUACAGGUGGUCCAUAUGAAAUGAAUCUUCGAGAUUUAUCCAAAUUUCGUGAUAUAUUUCGUGGAUGUAUCAAAGAUCAAAUAUUUCAUUAUCGAUUUUUUAAUACAGAUGAAAGCAGUGAACAAUUACAAGAAACGAAUAUAACAACAGCACCGACGACAAGUACAUUAGAAGAAAAAAUGCAAACCUCUGAUGCAAGAAUGUUAUCUAUUCGAAAAUUUGCUGAAGUAGUCUAUGCAUGUCAAUUUCAUGGUCAUGAAGAUUAUGAACGUACUCGUUCAUUAAUACAAAAAAAAUUCGAAAUUAACGAAGCUUUAAGUGCACGUGAACAAGACCAAUCCAUCGAUGCAUCAGUUGCCAAUGUUGUUCGUAUCGGUUCAAUAUACAUCAGAACAGGUACUGAAGAGCCAAGUUCUUCAUCUACUCAUUUAGUACAUACAAAACUAACUAUUCAACAGCUGGAAUUACUAGCAGCUGCUUGUCAAUCGAAACGAUCGAUUUUAUUAGAAGGUGAUAUAUGCUCAAGAAAAUCUUCUUUAGUCAUGGAAUUAGCAAAUAUAACACGUAAUCGUCUUAUUGUUAUACCAUUGAAUGAAAAUUAUGAAACAUCAGAUCUGAUUGGAUCAUGGUUACCCAGUAUGUAUUCAUCAAAUCAAAAUAAUACAUUACAAACAAAAAUUGAUAAUCUAUUUAAAGAUAUUAUUAAAAUGUUAUUUUUAACUUGUAUGCCAUUAUGGUCAGACGCAAGUAAUCAAGUCAUAUUUACAAAAUUCAAGGAAAUACUUCAAUAUAGAACAGGAACAAUAAUAAACGAUGAACAAUAUGAUACUAUCACGUAUGAAAUUCAAGCACUUCAAGAAACAAAAACCAUGCUGGAAAAUAUUAUGAAAAUUCCACAAAUGUCCAUUCGUAGUAAAAAUCUUACAUCCCAUUAUUUAACACAAACUGAUUUUUAUAUAAAGAAAUUACAAAUGUUACAAGUAACUAAAACUAAACAUGAAAUGGGUUUUGUUUUUGUUGAAUCAGAAUUUGUUGAAGCGAUUCGAGAAGGUUGGUGGGUAUUGUUAGAUAAUGUCAAUAGUGCACCAUCAGAAGUAUUAGAACGUUUGAAUUCCUUGACUGAAGAUAAUCCAAUAUUGAAUUUGUAUGAAAAUUCCGAUGGACAAAUAUUGACGCAACAAAAUGGUGGAAUACAUCAAAAUUUUCGUCUAUUUACAACAGCUAAUCUCAAUCGUAUAUAUACCAAUAAAUUAUCAUCAGCAUUUUUAAAUCGAGUUAUACGAUUAUGGUUACCAUCCAUGGAUUUGGAUUUACAAAUAACAAAUGUUAAGACAAGUGAUUUGUAUGAAUUAGUAUGUUCAAAUUUAUCAAAUAUACCUGCUGGUAAACAAUUAGCGCAAUUAAUACUGAUGACACAUGUAAAAGUGAAACAGAAUUUACUGAACGGUAAAAUACAAUAUCCAAGUGAUUUUGAUAUCACAUAUAGAACUAUUGAACAAUGUGUAAAUACUUUACUCUAUCGCAUUGAAGAUGUGAUGAAUCCAGUAAGUGCUGUCGAUGCAUGUUAUUGGUCUAUAAUACGUUCGUACUGUUCAUCAUUAAAAGAUCGCGAACAUUAUCAAUUAUUUAUCAAUGAUUUACAAUCAACAAUGAAAGAAUUAAAUUUAAUUUCCUUAUCACUUUAUUCAACACCACAAAAGGUCUUAACAAAUCAACCAUUAUGGAUACAAGAUUCAGAAAAAAUUCGUACAGAAUUUAUGCAAAUCGAAGAAUUUUUAACACAAAUCGGUUUUACAAUAUUAAAAUUAAUAUCCAAUGAUAAACAAAAAUUGAAAUCAACAAAAGAUUUAAUUUAUUUAUUUUUGGAUGAUAUUCUAUCACGUAUGUGUCCAACAAAAAAUUCCGAAUUAACGGGAAUGAAACAAAAAUUAAUGCAAGAUACCGAUGGAAACGAUACUUAUGAAUGCGUACAAACAAUUUUAAACGAUAUUGAUCAACAAAAAUCAGUCACAUCAAUCAUUCAAGAUACAUCAACAACGGUACAUAGUGUACUAUCACUUUCAGAAAAAAUCAAAUCAACUGAAACGGUUUAUGAUCGUUUACGUCGCUUGUUGGAUACAUUUUUUCAAAAUACAUGUUUUAGUGACACAAAUGCACGUAAAUUAUUUUUACAACGACUUCUAACUAUUGUCGAAAUAUUUACAAAAUUCUAUUCCUCGAAAUUAUUUUCUCAAUAUGAACAAUCGAUCAUAUCCUUAUGUAAACAUAUCAUAUAUCAAUUACGAUCAAUAUUAACAUUUAAAACAAAAUUGUUAUCAUACAAUAUAUUCGAUGAUGAAGCAUUUCUGAACACAAAACAAAACUUCCGUCUGCAUUUAUUAACUCAAACAAGUGUAUUAUGGGCAGUAGAUCAUGCCGAAAAAAAUCCUAUACGAACAACAAGAAAAGAUUUUCGUAAAUUAUUUACACAUUUAGUUACAACACAAUCGGAUACACAACCUAUUAAACAUUAUUAUAUUUUAUUGGAAUGGCUUGGUUUACAAUGGACAUUUGAAACAUAUUUAACAUCAUCAUUGAAAGAUGCAUUGACAAAAAAUGUUUGUUUGUCAUUAGAUUUUAUUCAUGAAUGUGAAACAAAAUUUUGUUGUUGGGAAUUAUCGAAUCGUCUGUGUAAUAUUAUACAAAUUAUUAUUGAAAAUCUUCCAUCAGAAGCGGUAUAUUUAGAUAUUGAAAGAAAUUAUACAAUCACUAAAAAUGAUUUAUUAUCAAAAAAAGAAGAAUAUGAAAAAUGUUACCAAGAAAUGACUGAAAUUAAAGAACAAAUUCGAGAAAGACAAGAAAAAGAACGAUCAGCUCAAGCAUCGAAUGAAACAGAGACACCAUCUGAAUCUCUACCAACAACCAUGAAGCCUAAGCGACCAAAACCACAAUUAAAACGAAUGGGAUCUCAUUGGGAUCCAGAUUCUGGUAUUGCAGAACAGCAAGUUCGAUUAAUUGAAUUAGACGCUGCUUACAAAACACUAAGGGAUGAAAAAUACAGGUUGGGAGAAAAAUUUGCAACGAUUGAAACUAGACAGAAUAUGGAAUUGGAAAAAACUAGUAAAGUCAUUACUAAUCUACAAAAAGAAUUACAGGAAUUAAUAGGAUUAGAAAGUACAAAAUAUUUCAUCAAACAAUAUCAACAAUCAACAUCGGGUGUCAAUGAAAUCAUUCGUCAGUUAUUUGAUUUAAAACAACUGAACUCAAUAGUGAGACCCGAUGGUACGCUAGAUCUUCGAGCAGCUUUAACGUCGCAAUUUGGUAAAACAUUAAUUGAAAAUGAUGAAUUGUUAGAUAAUCCAAUCAUUCUAUUUAUCCAUGUCGAUCUCUUCAAUUCCAGUGAUAAUGAAGAAUUACUAUUAUUUUUUUGUCCUGAUUCCAAUCCUCUAAAUUGUUGUAUGAUACCAAUUACUAAACAUCGAAAUGUAGUUGAUAUCACCAUAUUCAGUCUACAAUACAAUCUUGAUAUACAAGAUUUAGAUCGAAUAUUUCGAGAAAUUCUUGUCGAAUCAACCAUGAAAAUUCAAAUUCAACAACAACAAUUAUAUUGUAGUACAAAUAUUAUUGAAAAUCAACAAGAUCAAUUUAGUUUUGGAUGUUUUAAUUCCUUACAAAUGAAAUACGGACAAUCGGAAAUCAAUGCAAGUGAUACAUAUAAAGAAUUAAUAAGUUUAUAUUCACAAAUCAAAGAAUUUGCACAACAUAAUACAAUGGAACGAAAACCAAUGGGUAAAUUUAUUUAUCAGCAUAUCGAACAAUUAAAAAAAAAUGAUGUACAAAAAAUCUACGCGCUUGAUAUAACCGAAUGGAGUGCAAUUAAAUGUUUACGUGAUCUAUUGAAACCAUACCAAAAUGUAUUCAAUCAACCGAAUGUCGAAAUCAUCCGUCAAGAUUUAGAGUAUUUCAUAAAAACUUUGGAUUUACCAAAUGUUAGUAGUCGAAUAGCGUCGUUAGCUUAUCUAAAAAAUCUAGCACAAAAUUAUGGUUGUUCAAGAAAGAUUGAAGAUCAUAUUCGAUAUGGACUUGGUCAAGCAGUCGAUAAUGAAAAGGAAGUUGAAUUUCAAUUAUUAUUUGAAUUUAUUGAUAAUAGUAAAAAAAUAUUAAAAUUAACGACACAACAUGUCAUUUUUGGUUCCACUUAUUUCUUAGAACAGCUAUAUACAACAACACUUACAACAAUUACAUUAUUUGAAACUAUUUUUAAACAAAUAUUAAGAAAUGUUGACCUUAUUGAUGAUUAUGUUGUCGUACAUGCUAAAUAUAAUAGUCAAUUUUUUAAGAAUAUGCAAACAGAAUUCGAUGAAUGUUUACAAAAUCUAAAUUUUCCACAAGAAUUUUGGUCGAAAUUUCUUUUCUUAAACAACUAUUUGAUAAGUAUCGCACCAUUAUUUAGUGAGGACAGACAAAAUAAAAAAUCGAAAAUGCAUGGUGAUGGUAGUGAUAAAGACCCGAAUGAAGGUAGCUUUCCUACAGAUGAUCCUGACGAAUAUCGAAAACAACAACAGAAACAAAAAAUUGCCGCAGCGAUUCGUGAUGUUAAAGAAAUCAUGAAAAAAGCCAGUCAGUUACCUAUUCGUCCACAUCAUAUUAUACAACGAAUACGUACGACAUUAUUGAAAAUGGAACAAUUCGUUCCAGAAAGAAAAGCAAAUGAAUAUAACUUAAGUUUACUAUUACAAGAACCCAAACAAUUACAAGAUUUAUUGGACAAAUUUAAAAUGGAAUUGAAUCAUAUUGAAUUAAGUCGUAUUGAUUUACCGUUGGAUCAACCAAUAGAUGCGAUUAAUGACAAAGAUACUGAAUUGAUCAAUAAAAAUUUGAAUGCAGCCAAUCAUGAAAAUGAUUUUAAAAAUGUUCAAAAUAAUAUUAACAAUGGUAUCAAAGCUAUUCAAGAUGAGAUUACUCUAACUCAAUUGAUCAAUAUCACAGAUUCACAAAUUUCCAGUCGGACAUGGGCGAAUGCAGUUAGUUUAUUACAAAAACCGGAAAAGGUUGAUGAAUUAAAAGCAACAUUAUCUGUCUUAAAUGAUGAUUUAGCAUUUCAACUAGAACGUAUAUUAGCAACAUCUCGAUCAACGAAUGUCAAUAAAACAACCGAUGCACCGAUAAACAUAGAUGAUAUCGUUAAGGGUAAUAUUCUAACUGCCUAUUCAAAAUUUCGCUAUGAACAAUUAAAAACAGAUUUUUCUCUCAUUUCAAAUUAUAAUAGCAUUGCUCAGAUAACAGAUAAGAUAUUAGAAUGGAAAAAAACAGUGAAAAUCAAUAUGCUAAAUAUCUAUGAAUGCAUAGAAAUGUUCAGUAAAAAUUUAAGUAUAACACAAAAUCAACUUAAAAAUUUUACCAAAAACUCCAUUUGCUUAUUACUACCAAUUAUUCCUCGUCCAGAAGAUCUUCUAUGUUUAUUUGUACCAGAAUGCACAAAUAUUAUCGAACAUGUCUGUAGAAAAUAUAACGAAUUCGAUUUAUCAUUGACAACAAAUAAAUCUAUUGAUCCAAUACAAUUGACCAAUACUAAUGAAUUUGCAUCUACUGUUCAUAUUGGUUUACAUCAAUUUAUUUAUGAAGAUAGUAACAUUCCGUUAUUUGAUAAACAAAAACAUAUUAAAUUAAUCGGCCCAGCAGCUAUCGCUUUUGUACAAAGAAUUUUGGAUCUAUGUACUGAUUCACGAAUCCGAUCAAGUAUGUUAAUAACAAUUUCAACAGGUGUAUCUGAUCUAUUUCCAUUACAUAUUACGUUAUCAUUAUCACUAUUGAUAUUAACAGAUUGGUCAGCAGCAUGUUUAGAAGAAUUUCAAAAGAAUUUAUUAAAAUUAAGUGGACAAAAACUUGGGGAACACGAUGUAGUUGAAUUACAAAAUAAACAAAGUGGAUUGGAUGCAAGAUGUUCAGAACUAGAAGAUCAAUUAGAAAAAGCCAGAACAAAAGUUCGAGAAGCAAAUUUCUAUUUCAAUACUGCGAAAAUCGAACAUAAAAGAUUGGCGGAAGUAGAAUUCGGAAAAUGUAGUAGUGAAGAAGAACGACUGACUAAUGAAUUGAGUAAACAGCAAUCGGAAUUGAAUACAAAUAAAAAAGAAUUAACAACAACAAUGGAAAACUGUGCAAAACAACAACAAAUCGAACAAGAUAAAUGGAUGCAUCAUUUACUGACGUAUUUUCGACAAAUAAAUAAACAUAUAAAAACAUGUGUACAACUGACAUCACAAAUGGCCAUGAUGGGAAACAAUUCAAUAGAUGAGAGUAUUGAAACAAGUACAUAUAGAUCACAAAGUCAAUAUUCAACAAAAUUAUUAAAUAUUUCAUUUGAUAUUGGUAAAAAAUUAUUGUCACAAACAUUCAAUUCCAACACUCCCUUAAUACAAAACGAAGAUAUCCAACAGCUUGAUGACACUAUACAAAAAAUAAAAGAAAUUCUCGAUGAGAUAUUGAGUCAUAGUACACAGCUGACCGACAAUGAUCCGAUGAAAGCCUAUUUAGUAUAUUACUGUGAUUUAAUACAAAUAUCAAUCAGUUCCUUGACAAAUUCUCUUAAAAGUUGGCAAACAUAUUCAAAAAUGUUAAUAACCGAUUUAAUGAAACAAUAUGCAGCAGCAAACAAGAAAGAUACAUUGUGUGAUUUAGCUCAUUGGACAGAUAAACAAUGUCAAACGUUUAUUACAAGCAUUCAAUCGAGUAAUCAUAGUAUUGAUGAUAUCAAACAAUUAGCUCAAGAUAUAUAUCAACGUGUGAUGAUUCGAAUUACCAAUAUCGAAACAUUUCUAACUGGUAAACAGCAAAAAUCCAUACGAUCAUUAUAUGAAUAUAAACGUUUCAUACUUGCUUUACUCAUGACUGGAUGUCGGUAUAUACAAAUACAACGAGGAACAUUGGAACCAAUGGAUGAAUUAAUUAAACUUAUCAAGAAUAAUCUUGAUUAUCGUUUACCAGGAACAGAAGUUGGAUUACUUAAAUUACUUGAACGAUUUGAAUUACAAUUACAAACAAGUACACAAUCUCUAAUACUACAAACUGUACAUAUCGCAUUUUCAUACAGUACAAAUCCAUUUGGUCUCGUAGAUGAUGUUAGUCAAUCGAUAAAAAUCUUGAAAAAAUUAGUAUUAUCACCUGGAUAUAUGAUGACACAAAUGUGGCAUACAAUUGAUACACUUGUUGAUAGUUUGUCAAAAUCGAUAUGUUUAGAUGAAUAUAAAAUAUUAUUUUCCUUAUAUGAAGAUUUUCAACGUAUAAUUGAAUUGGAAAUUAUCGAUGAAACAACGUUUUUAGAUCAAUGUAUGCAACAAUUAUCAUUAACAUCAAUUAGUUAUAUUGAUCCUCAAAGUCGAACAAAAUCACUCAUAGAAUCGAUGUCCGAAAAAGUUGAAAAUUUAUGUACGAUAUUAAUUGAUAAUCGCCCAGGAUUAAAACAAUUCUGUGAGAAUCUUUCCAAUAGAUGGCAACUGACAUUGAAAGAAUUUCUUCGGGGAAUUAUUAAAUCAAAAAAAUAUUAUUUACAUAAUAAAAUGGAAUUUAAUUUGAAAAAAUUAAAAGAUUAUACAUCAUUAAAUUCAAAAGAUGUGAUUCUAUCUGAUAUACAACAAGUCAUCGAAAGCAAAAAUAUUCUUUUAAAUAAUAAACCUGACAAAAAUCAGAUUGAAGAAAAAUUAAAUAUCCAUGAAAUUAUUUAUUUACUUACAAUUGGUGGAUUGGAUAAUAUGGAAGUAAUAUUGACGAAUACAUCAAUUGAAUACAUGAAUUUCAUACUUAUAUCAAAACUAUAUCAAACAAUAGUAGCUGUUUAUGAAAAAGGUGAAAAAGUUUUAUUUGAAGAACUGAAAUCAUAUAUAAAUUCAAACAGUACAGUGAAUACUGCCACGACAGUUGCAUAUGAUCUUCUUGACCGUAUUCGUCAAUCGGAACAUAGUAUAUACAGUAAUUUAUUAACUGCUGCAAAUCAAGAUAUACAAAAUUCAUCAAUUAAACUACAAAACAUCAUUGGUCAAUUACACUUGUUAUCAGACAACGUAAAACGCUUCCAGUCAGAUUGGCAUUAUGCAUGCAAUCUAUUUAUUCAAAAUCGUCGGGCAAAAACAGUUAGUAGUCUUGCUGUGUUAGCAAAACCAAUUGGUACAUUUUUUAAAUCAGCUUGGAACUUCUUAACAUCUAAUGAACCACCGCAGCUACAAUCGAGCGAUCACAUAAAAAUCUUUAAUAUGACAUUCAAUGAUAUACUCAAUGAGAAUAUUCGUUUUUAUAUGCAAAAACAUCAACAAGGUCAUCCAUUGAUCCACACUAUUCCACCACAAAAACAUUUGGUUGAUUUGAUAAACCUGCAUAAGAAAUACAAAGAUUCGUUAGGAUAUGAACCAUUAGAUCUUAACAAGUUCUCACCUUCCUGUGAAUGUUUUGAAAUAGAAAUUGAAACUUAUCGAUCACGUGUAAUGAUUAGUUUUAUGGACAAAUAUGAAAAUCCAUCAAAUUAUAUUCAUAUACCGUUGGACGUAAGCAGUGAUAGACUUCAUCAGCUUUUCGCUGUAAAAACAACAUCAAUAAGAUACGUACAAAUUCAAAUCGGAGAAGAUAUAUACACAGGAUUAAUGAAAUGGUCCGAUUGCACUAGAAAAACAAUCGUUCAAGCUAAAUCGCAUUUAAAAAUCAGUUGUCAACAUUCGCAUCAACAUUUUUAUACAGUUGAUGGUACGUCCGAUCAAUCAUUUACUUCUGAUGCAAUCACAUCAAUUCAGUUAGAACAGAAAAUAAAGGAAUUGGAAUUAGGUCUGUCUGCUCAAAGCAAAUACAAUAUGGAAGAAAAACAAAUCGUUGACUUACGUGGUACAAAAGUCCUUGCUAGUUUAAAUAAAAAAAUUGAUGAAAUGGUUAAAAGUCUCAAUAGUAAUGAUAUAGCAUGCGUUAGCAAUUUGAUAAAUGUGGAGGAUAUAAUUAAUUUUCACAAUCGAUUACCAGAUGCAGAUAAAAUAAAACGACUGAGAAAUUUUGAUGACGUGAAACAAGAAUUUUCACGAAUGAAUCCAAUGAGAGUAAUCUUGGAUGAUUUAAUCGAUAGUCAUAGUGAUAUUCAAUUUGUAUGGACGGAGAAAAUGCAAAACGCUUUUAUUAAUAGUCGACAAUGUAUUGAACAAAGUGUUAAACAAUUGUUACUAUGUACUUCUGCAUUAUGUUCAUUAAAUGUACAUUUAAUUGUUGCUUAUGCGUGGGCACAUGUAUUAACAAUGAACAGCAACAAUAGCAGUUCAUCAAAUGAUCAAAAUUUUAAUACAUUAAAUCAGCGAUAUGAUCAAAUAUGUAAAAUUUCAGGAGAUAAUCCUGAAUUGGUUAAAGCCAAUAAUCUUCUUCGAAAUGAUGCAAAGGCAAUUUAUUAUAAUACAAGACGUAUCAACAACAGUCGUACAGAAAUAUUGAAUAUGCUUAAAAUGAAAAUUAGUCUAGAUCCAGUAAAAUUAAAUGAUACAUUUCAAUAUUCACAAUUGGGUCGUGAUGCACAUAUUUGGUUGUUUCGAUCAAAAGAUGAAACAACAAUACAAUGUGCACCAUUAAAAACAUCAAUCGAUUUUGGUAUAGUGCUUGUCGACAUUCAUAGACGUAUGAUACAAAAAUUGAUCAUUCAUAAUCGAUUAGAAAAUGAUAUUGAUAUCGAGAUAACAUCGACAGAAUCGAAUACUCAGUUUUACGCACCAACUGGUAAGAUAUCAAUACAAGCAGAGUAUAUCACUGAAAUUGAUAUCUUAUAUACUCCACCGAACACAGUCGAUGAAAAUCAUUGUAAUUUUCUGAUUAAUCUAUCAGAAAAUCAGACAAAAUUAACAGAAUUACAUGUUUAUGGAAAAGUUGCCCUUGUAGAUGUUCAAUUAUCAACAGAUAUAAUUGAUUUUGGUUAUUGUCCUUGUAAUGGAACAAUAAUAGAGAAAUAUAUUGACAUUAAGAAUUUAUUACCAUGUCCACUGAAUGCCAUAGCACAAAUACAACAGCAAGAAACACAAGCGAUACCAAUGAAAUCGAUAUUAUCAAUCCAAUCGGAUCGAUUAAAUUUGAAUCCAUCUACGACAACACAUUUUCAUGUAUCAUUAAAACCAAACACCGUAGAAGAAAUUAUCGACCGUGAAAUAUGCCUUGCUAUUAAUUCAGCUAAACAGCUAUUUUUAAAAGUAAUCGGAUUUGUUCGACCAACUAAACUCACAGUCAUGUAUCAAGGACAAAAGGUUAUCGAUAAUCAAUCCGGACAAUUAUCCAUCACGGAUUUAUACAGAUCAGAAGAACGUUCAAUAUCUCUUGAAUAUUUGAAUGCUGGUGAAGUUGAAUAUACGUUAACUUUCUCCAGCGAAUUAACCUUAAGUACAAAAAUGCUUGUACUAACUCCUGGAAUUCAACAAACGUUACAAGUGAUGAUUGUCAUGCGUGAUACUUAUUCAGGCCAAAGUUCUUCCAUUGAGAUUAACUUCACUAAUAUUACUCGUCCUCGUUUGACACUUACACUAAUAUGUGAAUCACAAACACCAUAUGUACGUUAUCCACCGGAAAUCAAACAAGAACUACGUAUCGGACAAGCAGCUGAUAUGGAAAAAUUAUGGAUGCAAAUACCAAGAAGUAUAAAACCGAUUGAAUGUGAUAUAGUAGUUCAAAAUUUAGGCAAGUCAGCAGCAAAUAUUAAAUACAUACAAAUUCUCUCCUCAAAAGACUCAACCAAAAUAUUAUCAUCGAAAUUUAUUGUAAUACCAGAUAAAUUAUUGAUCAAUCCAUCAACAGUAAAAACUAUCAAAAGUCAAUACUAUCCAACUGAUUUUCGUGAUUUUCAUCCGAUGAUACAAUUUCAAUCGGGUGAUACAUUAACAAAAAUUCCUUAUGAUCUUGAAUUUAAAAUACCUACUCUAGAAGUAUCACCACAAGGUUUUAUUGAUAUUGGUGAAAUUAAAACUGGAAAAAUGUUUACACAAACGAUUACACUUCGAAAUAUUGGUCGUAAUAGUUUAAAAAUUGAUGCAACUGAAUCUUUCGUCAAACAAUCUUUUAUUAAAACAUUAAUACUUCAACAAUCAUCCCAAGCAAUUUCUGUUAACCAUCCAAUUCGUCUUGACCCACGUCGAGAUUGUCCAUGUAAUCUAAUGAUUGAAUGUGAAGACAUACCAAAUCGUAAUGAUCAUCCAAAAAAGAUUGUUGAAUUAGGUGAGAUAACAAUUAUUGGUAAAUGUGAUCCUGUGAUUGAAAUUGAUGGUAAACUUUCAAAUCGUUCAACCAAACUAGUUAUAGUUGGCCAUUUUUCGAAAUACGAUCAAGCACAGGAAUUUGGAAGUGAGAGAAGUUGUUGGAAUGAUCUGCGAUUAUUACCAUCUGAUUGGCUACGUCAAAUGUGUUCAACGAAUUCGAAUCAUAAUUUAACACAUUGUUUUUCAUUGAUACAAAUAACUGCAGCGGCAUACAUUUGUAUGAUAAAUGUGAAAUCGCUCCCAACGACUGAAGAGCAAUGUAGAAAUCUUUGUGCACAAUUACGAAUAGAUUCAAAGUUUCGAGACUAUGCAUCAAGUCUAUCGUUUGAACAUUUUUCUGAUGAAACAAAAAUGAAAGAUGCUCAGUAUGCACUGUACAAAUGCUACAGAUUGUUGAUCAAUCAAUCACAAAAAUGUUUUUUUAAAUCUUCGAAUUUAUUUACAGAUUAUUUUGAUAGUCAACUCAUAAAAUCACACCUAUUUUCUGUUAUCAAUUCUACAGCAAGUGUAGAUGAAGCUUACGCAAUGCAAAGUUAUGCUUUACUUGUCUCUGAAUUUUAUGAACAACCUAACAAUAUAAAUGAGUGUCAACAAUCACUUUCAUUAAUCGAUAAAAUGACUAGUCAAGAUUCUGUUCUACAUCCCAUACUAAACUUAUUUUCACAAUACAUACAAUACUUAAUACGACAUAGACAAGAGGAUGUCAUUCAUAUUGAAUCACUUCUUUCGAAAUUAAUCAAGAAAUCAAAUUGUGAAUUAACGAAUUUAUUAUCUAAUGAUAUUGAACAACUAACAGUCAAUAUAUUAUUUUCAUUUCUUUCUCCUAAUACACAGCGCGAUAUAAAACAAUUAAUGAUGGGUAAUUGUGAAACAUUAGUUGAAUGUCUGAUGAAGAUCAGCAGUGGACAAAACCUAUACUAUCCAUCUCUAAUUGCAAUUCAACAUAGUCUUACCAACUGGACCAAACUGGAAUCAUCAAAUAAACGUUCUAUUAUCAAUUCAUUAUUUGAAAAUAAUUCAAGAUUAACUGAUAUUUUAAAUAGUGUCAAUAAUACAGCAAAAUUCGAUCAGAUAGUAGAGGCUACUAUUAUUAUCAUUGAAUAUUUUGAAAAACAACAAAACAAUUCAGCAACAGUAUCAUAUCAAUGGAUUAAAGCUAUUUUCAAUGGACCGUAUCCUAAUAAUACCCGUUCAGCAUUACAAAGAUUUCAAAAAAUACCACAAAAUCAAGUUGAAUUGUUAGUUCCGAAAAUUGUAAAUUUAUAUCCUACAGUAAGAUCAGGUUAUAGUAAUGUUAUACCCUUCAAUCUAACAAAAUAUAGUGUAAGUGAUUAUUUGGACAUAAUACAUAAAUUGAUAUCGGUGAAAAAUGACCAAUGGGCAUCAAUAAAGCAAUGUUUGGAAAGUUUUUGGAAACUUCUUUGUUUCAUGAGUGAAGAACAUGCAUCGACUGGAUUAAUCUUUCGAGAAGCUUGUCUAUUUCAAUUUCAAUAUCUCAAAAAUGAAUUUUGGCAUAAAAUUCUAGAAAAAUAUCUAUCAUUAACAAAACAGUUGACCUGGCAUGAAUUAAUCGAUUUUAUCGGUAUAAUUGGUAGUACGGCUAAUUCAACAGGACCAUCAAAAAAAGAACAAAUACAAAAAUUUAUUGAUAUUGUACAAUCCUUACAACAAGAAACCACUGUAUUAAAAGUGUGGGAUCAUGUGAUAAAUCUAUGCCCGUUUUUAUUGACAAGUAAUGAAUGUGCUGAAUUGGAUCAGAAACAAAUUCAUAUUCAAACUAUUUUAUCGACAUUAACAACCAGUACAUCGACCGAUGAUCUAUUAAAUCAAAUCAAAUCUUGUGUAUCAUCAACAUUACAAAAACAAAUAGAAGCUUACUGUCAUUUAAUUCAAUCACAUAGAAUAUUAACAAGUGCAAUAUCUCCAUCUGAUGAAGAACAAUUCGAGUUACUCAAUAAUCUUAUCCCAUCGUGGUUGACACUAUCUAAUAUAAAAUGUGUUAAAUCGAGACGUUUGUACGAAGUACUAUCGUCAAUACUAACAUCGUUCUAUGGCUUAAUAUCAUCGAAUAAAAUAGCGUACAAAGAACAUUUGUAUACAAUUGCAUUAUCAUCUGCGUUAUGUACAUUGGCAAAUUGUCGAAAUAAUAUUCGAGAUUUUGAUAUUCCAAAUGAUGAAAUAAUAUCCAUUAAAACGGUGGAUCAAGAAUGUAUUCUCAAUUGUAUUCACAAAAAUAUAGAAAAACAGCAACAACAAAAGCCGUCGGUAUCUGUGGAUAAUCUAGGGCAGCCACAGCCGUUACCUAUCCCCAUUAUACCAAUUUCAGAACAAUCACCGACGACGACACCACCGAUUGUUCAAGCAAUCCAAUCACCGUUUUCAAAACAUAAUUUAGAGCAUCUCACAGAGUGUGUUGAAGAAUUUGUAUCAAAACUAAACUCGUCCCAUGAUCCUCUUACCAUUAUCAAUAUCUCACCAGAAUCAUCUGUGAAAGAUUUAGUUCAAUCAUAUAUUACUUUACAUAAACGAGUUGAUUCUUGGUACGAUGUAUUUAUCACAACAAAUUUAUUAUUUUAUAAUCGAUCAGAUUUUGGUCAAAUAUCAAUAAACAAAAAAUACACAAAUUCGAUUGUUGAAUAUGGCAUUCAUUUAUUUAUCAGAUUAACCGUAAUCAGACGACUUUUAGAACCUCAAUUUUCUAUCCACGGUGUUAGAUUUCUAUUUAAAGAUUUAACAAAAAUUGAAAAAUGUUUAACAUCAUUAGCAUUACAAUAUAGUUUAGAAUUAAGAUCCAUUCUGAAAAAAUUACAAAUCGAUAUCAGUCGAUUACAGGAUAUGGAUACAAAACCACCAUCGAAGAAGUUAACAUUAAAUAAAGUACCACAUUUAGAUCCAUUUAGUCAUAGUGCUGAUACAUCAAUCUAUCAAUCUCCAUCGGAAUCAUCUUCACAAGGAACAUCAUCAUCCUCAUCAACGACAACCACAACACCAACAAUGGGUGAUGAUUCGGACUCAUUAAUGUCACAUGAUGAAUGGAUAAAGGAUAUCAAAAAACACAAUGUCAAAUUAGUUGAUACUUCGGAUACAUCUUCAUCUAAUCCAUUUGGACCAUCAUCUAAUAAUCGUUCUACAAACAUGAAUGUGGACAAAAUAGUUGAAGAUAUGCUGAAUAAACAAAUACCAGGAGGUACACAAUCAUCAGGAGGUUCUUCAACUGCGUUUAAUGAUUUACAAUCAGGAGCAGAAGAUUUAGUUGCACAAGGUGUUAAAUUUGAUUUAUUACAAAAACCAUUUACAGAUCAAGUUAAAAAUGCAAAUUAUCUGGAUUUAUAUAAGAAAGCUGAUAUGAUUACCGAAGAACGAUUUAAAAAACAAUUAGACACAAAAGAAUUAGAAAAUCGUCUAGAUUUAGGUUCAAUGUCCGAAAAAGAUUUCAACAAAUGGAUAUAUACACAAUUAGUUGAAUCCAAAGUGAUCAUGCAGAUGAUUGAUAUGAUUUUAGAUAAAUUUCGUUCAGAACAAGAACGUUUGACAUCAAAAUUUACUGAACAACAUGAAUUACAAUGGUGUAUUAUGAUUGAUAAUUCAGGAUCCAUGAGUUUACAUCGUACAUUUAUAUUUGGUACACUUGUUGUUAUUAUGGAAGUAUUAAGAAAAUUAGAAGCAAAAUUCGCCGUUGCACGAUUUGGUGGUCGAACAAAUCAGAAAAUAUUAAAAAAUUUAAAUGAUCAUUUUACGUAUGGUGACGGUGAAUUUGUUUUAGAAGCAUUGACAUUUGAUGAAGGUACGUAUCCAGCAACUGGUUUAGCUCGUAUUGCACAAAAAAUAUUUCCCACGCAAACAUCAACAAGCUCUACUUCAGAUGUUACUAUACACAAAAUUGUUAUUAUUCUUACGGAUGGUCUUACACAAGAACGUGACAAUCAAACUUAUUCAUUAACAAUAAAUAAACAUGAUAUUAAAUUAGGUUUCAUGUUUAUUGAAGAUAAAAAUUCCAAUUCAAGUACAAUGUUAUUAGAUGCACUUAAAAAUCAAUCGAAACAUUCGAAAAUCACUUCGGAUAAUAUAUCAAAUUUACCAUUACAAAUGGCACAAUUAAUGAAUACAAUGUUAGAACAUUGUUUAAAUGGUACACAAGAUAGAAAUGAUUCACCAACAGAAAUAACAAAACAAACAGUCAAUAUUGAACAACUAAUCGAUCCGAAAUCUGUACCUAAACUGAUCUAUAAACAAAAACAAGAUCAAAGUGAUGGUGAAAAUAAACGAUCUGAAAAAACAACAAAUUUUAUAUCGUAUACUGUGAGUCAACCAAAUUCAAUGAUACCAAAAAUCAAUAAUAUUAAACAUUUAUUAACUCAAUAUUUAUCACGAAGUAAUCCAUAUACAAAUUUAUCAAUAGCAUCAGAUGAUUUACGUAAAUAUUAUCAACAAUUAAGUACAGAAAAUAGUGACGUCAAAAAUCAUAUAACACAAGCAGAACAAUUAUGGCAUAAAGAAGAAACCCGAUUGACAAGUUCAAUUGAUGAUCUUGUGUCGGCCUUUAGUGAUGUUGUAUUCCCAUUGAAUAAAUUUACACGCCGUCGAGCAGCUCUACGUGGUUCUUCACUCUAUUUACCUGGUUUAAUAAAAGCGAUGACCAGUGAAUGGAGUUAUAAAAAAAUAUUUAGUUCAAAAUUAGCUGGUGGAAAACGUGAUCAUGCACUUUGUUUAGUACUUGAUAUAUCUGUAUCAAUGUUUGGAAACAUGGGUGAAUGUCUAUUUGAAACAUUAAUUAUAUUCGUUGGUGCAUUGAAAAAAUUAGGUCUGGAUAAUUUUAGUAUCGUUCUGUUUGGAAAGAAAGUAACACUUAUUAAAACAAAUGAUGAAACAUUUGAUAGUUAUGUUAUCUAUACAUUAUUACAACAGAUCAAAUUUGAUCAAGAAAAUGAUACUAAAGAUGCUUUUGGUUUAGAAGUUGCUAUUGAUUUAUUAACAAAUUGUGCCACGCGAGGUGAAAGAAAAAUCUUCAUUUUCACCGAUGGGUAUGGAAAUUGCGCUGGUCUAUUACCAAUGGUACAACAGCGUGCAGAAGAUCUUGGUAUUGAUAUUAUUGCAUUAGGCGUGGGUAUUGAUCGUACAAAUUUACAAUCAUCCUAUGCACGAUAUAUUCAAUGUGCAGGAGCCUAUAAUGUACCGAAAGCAUUACGAAGUCUAUGUGAAAAUGAACCACAAUUUAAAUCCAUUGAUUGGUUGAAACAAUCAGAAGAUUUUACAGAAGAAGCGGUCACAACAGAAAUUGGGGAUAUCAUCAGUAAUUCCACUCAACAGAAAGCAUUUGGUGACUUUAUUCAAAAAUUGAACGGUGAUCGUGAACAAUAUUCAAUUAGUACAGGUAGUCCACCGUCGAAUGUAGCAGUUGAUAUUUGUUUUUGUUUGGAUAUUACUGGUAGUAUGUCACGAUGGUUAUCUCAAACGAAAAUCCAAAUGAAAGUAAUCAUAACUGAAAUAAAAAAGCAAAUUAAUGAAAAAUAUCCAUCAUUAAAAUUGAAAUUAAAUUUUGCGAUUGUUGGCUAUCGUGAUAUUACAGAUCGUCCACAAUAUGAAACGUUAAAUUUUACACAUGAUGAAGAUAAAGUGAUUGAGUUCUUGAAUAAAUUACAAGCAAAAGGUGGUGGGGAUUGUCCGGAAGAUGUUCUCGGUGCAUUGGAUCAAUGUCUGAGUAUACCGAAUUGGAGUGGAUCGAAUGCACGAUUUAUUGUAUUGAUUACAGAUGCACCUGGGCAUGGACGAGAUUUAAACGAUGAUGAAAAUGAUCAAUAUAAAAAUGGUACUGGUUUAACUGUCAACAGCAUAUUUAAAAGAUUAUUAGAAAAAGAUAAAGAAACGGAUUUAAUGUUUUGUUGUAUCAAGCCGGAAUAUACGAAAAAAAUGGAGGAAGCAUUCAAACAACAGUACAAAGCUAUUGAAGGACGAACUCUGAGUGUUAUCGAAUUAUUUGACAAAACAAAACAACAACAAUCAUCGAACUCAUUUCAUUUUAUUUUUGUCCUUGAUGAGUCGGGAUCAAUGGCUGGUCAAUGGACUAAUUUACAACGAGCGUAUUCGAAUUUUUUGGAUACAAGACAAAGUGAUCAAGGUGGUGAUGAUCUAUUUAGCGUAGUACAGUUUGAUUCAGGUGCAAGAACUGUGUAUGAGCGAUGUAAAUUAGCACAAACAGUUCGUAAUCUACCAUUUAGAGGUGGUGGAACAACAUAUCGAAUGGGUUUGGAAGAAGCCAGUCGUGUACUUGAUAGAGAUCAAACCAAUUCAUCCAUAGUAAUGAUAUUCAUGUCAGACGGAGAAGAUGGCAAUUCACAACCUUUGCCCAAGCUAAAUGAGAUUUGCGGCAAAUAUCGAACCCAACGCCCAAGAAAUUUUAUUUGCCAUACAGUAGCAUUUGGAUCAGCAGUUGGUUCAGGUAGAGCAUUAUUACAAAAUAUGGCUAGUGCUGGCCAUGGUCAAUUGUUUGAUGCGAAAGAUGGUAUACAACUUAGUGCAGUAUUCACGCAAAUUGCUGCGGAUUGUAAUGUAACGAACACAUUAGUGAAUCGUUUUGCUGAAAUAUUAAGUAAAGACAUUAGUCUUAAAAUCAUGGUCGAUUAUUUAUAA